CCGUCUUUUCGACCAUACAAUUUACUUAUACCACUCUUCUCUAUCUUCUACUUCAGAUUGAAGAGAAACACAAUAACGGGAGAGACGAAUCGAACAAGAUGACAAUCGUUCAAAGUGCACUAGCACCGUUCACCAUGAAAGGGUUUUAUCUCUUGACUUGGGGUACAGCCUUGGGCACUAACGUGUGGAACUCUGUGUCCGCAAUGAAAGCAUAUCAAUCACUUUCUCGAGAAACUUUCGGUACACUUCAAUCACAUCUUCUUCCAGUAUAUUUCGGUACUACAACUCUUCUAUCUUCUACCCUCCUUUUGACUCAUUUAUGGUUUCAUCCAAGUCUUAUAAGUUCUCCACGUGUACCACCUCAUUGGGCGACAUCGGAAGAAGGUCAACAAGGUCUUUUGAUUAUAGCUAGUUUGAUCCCUAGUUUGAUCAAUUGGAUUUAUGUGGGUCCAAAAGCUACUGAGAUCAUGUUUGAAAGACACCGUUUGGAAAGGCUUGAAGGAAAGGAAUAUGAUGAUCCUUCUCCCUCUGAAUCUAUGAACAAAUUGAACAAGAAAUUCGCCACUCUUCACGGCAUCUCCUCGUCGCUCAACGUUAUCGCCUUCCUCGCCCUCGGCGGUUUGGGACUUGCGAUCAGCAUGUGAUUCAUGGUGAUUGAAGUGAAUAUCUAGGUAGAUAAGAUUAAAUCCCUAGUCGAAGGAGAAAAAGUUGUUAUGCACUGAAUGUAGGAGAAUU